AUGGGGAGGCAGGCAGAAGCGACAAGAGGCGCCAGCGGCACGGGUGGCGAGGGUGGGAGUGACGAGGCGAUGGGGGGAGGGGGCGCAGCAGUGACGCCAGGGGUCACAGGGACCGGUUUGAGGGGGAGCGUGGGCGAGUGGGUGGGAGGACAGAGUUCUGAUAUAAAACUGAUCCGAAUCGCAAUCUGGGUGAGAUUUCUGGACCAUUGUGGACACUUUCCUGGCUGCAUUGGCAGCGAACCACUUGCCACAUCGCCGGAGGAUCGCAAACGGCGCUGUUUCUGGAGCUGCGGGGCCGAGAGAAUCCCGAGUUGGGGUCACCGCUACAUAGCGGCCCAUUGGCUCCUUCGAGGAAGCAGACAUCCAUCCGUAGUAUUAAAACAAGGGCUGCAGUAUCGAGAAAGUCUCCGCGGCCCAGGCGGAGGCAAGUGCCUCUGCCUUCUCCCGCUGCGCAGCUCCUUGAGUUGCCGCCCGCAGGAAGGGCGCGUCGCUUCCCGACCGCCGAAGCCAUUUACCCCGUCAGCGGCGUUCGGCGGUCGCUCCAUGUAA